AAGACACGCGAACACAAAAGACCCCAGCACUUAGCCAACACAUGAACAAUCAGGGCAUGCAGCAGCUGAGCUCUAUUCAAGUAGGGUCGAUUAGUGAUUGCAUUGACCAAGAUUGUUCAUUUUAUCCACUGCUCCGGCUCGAUCAAGAGGAAGGUAGAGGCUCGCUCGUGGGGGAUGGUGUCUGAAAACUUGGAUCUUAUGAACGGCAUCCAUCUCUUUUUUCCCAUGAAGAGUCAUUGUCUGAGCUAUCCCUGUUGCUGUAAUUUUUUGGACCACUGUUGCACUGCUUCUUAGUGGAUCUGACUUGCCACUUUCUUGCUCCAAUAUCCUAUCCCUUUGAUGCUGCAUGUUUUGGACGACUCGUUUGAGGCCCUCUCCUAUGAUUAGUAAUUGUCUUUUUCCAUUAUCUACCCAUUUUUCUGCAAGUUUUGGACCAAUGUAGCACUGCUUUUGUACAGGACUACAUCUUGACUAUUAGCCAUUCUGUGACUAUUAGCCAUUCUUAUGGUCCUUUAUAUACCCCCUUUUAUUGCUGCAAGUUUUUGGACAACUGUUGUAUAGUCUUUAGGACGACUUUGAGGAGGGGUUAUCUGAUAUUCGAAACUGUUAUCAAACGGAGGAAACAGGAUGAGUAUCCACUUGCUGGAAAAUGUUCUAAGGUCACAGACGGUCCACCUGGAGAAGAUGAAAGGUCGGCUCCUGGUGGAUAUGCAGGAGGCCGAGAAGGAGGAGGAUAGAUUAAAGGAAUAUCGGCAUGAGAUGGACCUGCUCAACCAGGAGAGGCUGGCACACGUAGAGGAACUCAGACAGAUACAUUCAGACGUUAACACAAUUGAGAGCGUGAUAAAGAACACAGAGGGAGACAGGAACAAGGCGUUUGAGGCAGCUUGGAAGAUGUACCAGGAAUACGUUUGCCUCAAAGAACAAAUCAACGCCCAGAGGAUGUCGAUAGGACUAGAUCGUAUCCCAGAGCUUACAGAGGAAGACCGGAGACUUGAUCCAGAGCUUCUGAGGAAGAGAAGAGCAGAGUGGCAUGACACAGAGAAGAGGGAUCCCCCGUCACCCCUCACCCCUACUUCAUGCCCCCUACCCAUUCCCCUGGAACACCCUACACCCCUUCAGAUGCCAGGAACCAGCCACACCAAUGAGAUGAACGGCCCCCUUCCUCCUCCACCCCCUUUCAAACAGCAGCCACCACCUAUGAAGAACUGUCUGUCAUGCCACCAGCAGAUCCACAGAAAUGCUCCGAUCUGUCCUCUUUGCAAGGCCAAGAGUAGGUCCAGGAACCCUAAGAAGACCAAGAGAAAGCAUGAGCAAUGAGCUGUAGGACCAGGACCCGGUCCAGGACCAGGUCUCAAUUCUGCUACACCUCGGCAUGCCAAGAUUUGUAUUGAACUGUAAAAGCCAAGAAGUACUCAGAAACGUUUGUGAUCAUAUGAUCUUGAAGAAAGGGCUCUAUUUUGUUUAAAAAAAAAUCAUAAAUGUAUGGAAGAGGAAUAUGGGUUCUUGGAGAAAAAGGGAAAGUAUGGCCAGUCUAGUUCGAGAAUGUUGCAAAUAUGAAUGCUUAUGGAAGUCAAGUGAUGAUGUUUUAAAUCUACGCAACUAUCUGGCACUGAAUUGUGGAUCGAUGAAUCAUGUUGCGUCUGUUUGUUUUUUUUCUCUCUUUCUUAGAAAUCAUUAAGUUGUUUCAAAGAAAAUUCUUUGGGAAAGACUUGGGUGUUCCCAAGAAGAUGCAUGACACCUAAACUGAAACAUAAUCUUACUGUAGAUUGCUAACACAUAUAAGCACAUGUGGGGCAGUGUAUUAUUUUUGAUUGGCAAAAGACAAAACAUCUGGUUGGAAAUGUCAUGCUUGUUGUUUUGUCAGUUUCUCAGCAAUUUCACAUUUUUUUAUUCCUACAUACCGUAAACACUUUGGUGGUAAUUUUAUAUGAUUCUAUUCAAAAUCAUUUUUAGAUUUUCACAAAUGGCAUUUAUGUUUAAGAUGUGAAUUUAUAGAUGAAACUUGUUUUUAGAUGACGAAGGGUGAGUUACGGUUUGACCAUAUGUACAUUGAUAGCAUCCAUGGUUUGAUAUUGCUAAUUUUGUUUUAUAGUACCAUGUAAAUGAGUAAGAGAAGAUAUAUCCAUUGCAUUCUUUCUGUUGCAGAAGGACUAUUCCAAGGAGGGGGAAGGGUUUGGCACUGUUGUUUCUAUGCUUGUAGACCAUCAUCUAACAUUGCAUCUCAGAAAAGGAUCCUAGACAAGGAAUCUAGCUUUGAGCUCAGAUUCAGUGCAUGUGUAUUUAGUAACGUUUCCCGGCCCUGAAUACAUUUAAUCUUUCAAAUAUUCUUUUUUAAUGAUAGGAUGGAAUCUAUACAAUUUCCAUGUACCCUGCGCACAAGGCUGAUGAAAAGUAUACUCUCUUGUUGCUGUGGAAAUUUUGAUACCCUUCAAACUGGACACACGUACAUCACCCGACAUAAAAACAAAAGUUUUUUAUGUGUUUUUUAUAUAUGAAAAUGGUUUACACCUUUAAAGGCAGUGCCAUACCCCUUCCCCCGUGGGUAUUCCAAGUUUUAUGUUUGUAUAGAGAAGAUUAUCAUAUCAUAUUUUACUGUAUAUGUCAGCGUUAACCAUAACUAUUGCAGAGCUGCCAACCAGUACGUUUUUUGCAUAUUUACGUUUUUGCAACCAAAAUACGACAGCACGUUUUUUCUGUUGAAAAUAUCAUUUUGUAAAAAAAAAAAACACAAAUAUGGUUAUUGGAUCAAUGUAAUUUCAGGUACCUUUUUUUCUCAAUCAUUUUGUUAAAACCAUGGUGAGAUGUACACAUGUUUCAAUGUUUUUUUUUUUUCAUCUGCCAGAGCAGUGCGCAUUUUAGCUUGCAUGCAGCUUGAGCGCCGCGAUGAGCAUGCGCGCCACGCAUUUUAUUAUGAAAUACAGUUUUUUUAUCACAGAAUACAAUUUUUCAUUCCCAGAGGUUGGCAGGUCUGCUAUUGACAGUAAAUAAAACAUUGAUGAGGAACUGGAGAACCAUCACAAAUAAAUCUUUCUACUUAAAGGAAAAUGAAACCUUUGAAGCACGAUAGCUUGUGCGAAAACAGAAAAAUCAAAGAAACAGAUCAACGAAAGUUUGAGAAAAUAAUGAAUAAAUAAUAAGAAAGUUAUGAGCAUUUAAAGUUUAAAUCAUUAUUGUAAUGUAGAUCCUCCCAUUGGCAAUGCGACAAAGAUGUGUGACGUCACAUGUGAACAACUUUCUCAUUACUUUUGUAUAUAUUUCACUUAAACUGCAUCUUUUAUCACAUCUAUCAAUAGAUCAUGUAUUCUUUUUAUUGGAGGGCAUGUUAUAAAGAUUUUCAAAGAAUGCAUUAUGGAUAAGAGUUUUGUAUCACCAUAAGAAAGGGCAAAAAGAGACAUUUUGGGGUAUUUUAUAGUCCAUCAAAGGGAAUGUUGUUCACAUGUGACAUCACACAUCUUUGUCCCAUUGCCAAUCGAAGGAUCUCCAUAGCAUAAGUGACCGCAAUAUUCAAAUGCUCAUAACUUUCUCAUUAUCCAUUCGAUUUUUCUCAAAUUUUCUUUGAUCUUAUUCUUUGAAAUUUCCAUUUCCGCACAAGCUAACUUAUUCCAAGGGUUUCAUUCCCCCUUAAAUAGAGAUCAGCCAUUUUGAUUUUAUUAAUGUCAUAUUCAGUACUAUUCCCAUGAGUUCUGCCAAUACUAAAUUCAGAGUAAAGUAGAAGUUGGACUCCAAUCCAUGCUUUCAUGAAAGGAAAUGUUUUGUUUGAAGUCGCUGAAAAAAAGAUAUGUAACACAUAAAAGCAAAAGAAAAAAACUAUUUUUUUUUAAAGAGUGGCUUAGAUGUAGACUUUGAGGGUGUUUUCAGUAGUAUUUUCACAAGUUUUGCCAAUUCUAAGUCCAAACCAAAAAAAGAUUUUAGCCAUUGCUUUUGUGAAAUUCUGUUUCAUCCAUAUUCAUCCAUAUUCAUGACAAAGGUUAUAGUGUUGCAAAGUCCUUAAUAAAAUGGUUUGCGAUGGAACUUCCGGGAGUGUCAUAACGAGGUAUGAUUUUAAUUUCUAGACAUUAAGGAAAAUGUACAGGCAUAACAGCCCCUUAAUUGGCACAAGAAAAUAUUCUUUCAUGGUCUUUGUUUUAGGUCAAAAUAUUAAAAUCAAAUGAUUCUUAAGUUUUACUUUUGAUUGAUAUACAUGUACAGAGAAAAAAAAAGUUAAUCACAAGCCAUUCUUUUGAGAGUGAUUAUAUUACUGUUCAUUGUGUAAUGUGUUUUCAUCUAUCUACAUAUUUAUUUGUUAAGAUUAUACAGCUUUGAUCAGUUAGUGAGUCAGGAUAUUUGUUGCAAUGUCAGGAUAUCUUGAGCAAGUAGUGACUGGAAUAUACAGCCUUGAGCAAUGAGGUCUCACAAUCACCUUUGGGUCCGUUUGUAUCUUGAUUAAGAGGAAAGAAGUUGUGUAGUUUAUUUUCAACAAAGGUGCAAUAUAGCUAUUGAAAACACAGGGAUGAUACGAUGAAGAUGCUACAGUUGUAAGAUAUUUGUAAGAUUUAAAGCAGUUGUACAUAUUAAAUGAAUUGUUAUCAGCUUACAGGUCAA